AUGGCGCCUGCUCUACUUCUGCCCAAUGAGAAUGGGCGAUCGAGUCCAACAUAUUCCUCCGAUGGUGGCUUCUCUUCACUGCAUACGUCUGAGCCCACAGCCCAAUAUCGGGGGUACGACCACGUCACCUGGUGGGUAGGCAAUGCCAAGCAAGUCGCUGCAUACUACAUCACUCGCAUGGGCUUCCAACUCGUUGCUCACAAGGGUUUGGAGACUGGCUCUCGCUACAUCGCCAGCCAUGUAGUGGAGAACGAUGGCGUCCGAUUCGUUUUCACAUCACCAAUCCGCUCGUCGAGUCGCAACUGCUUACAUGAAGUACCCGAGAAGGAGCAGAGGCUUCUCAAUGAGAUACACGAUCAUCUCGACCAACAUGGUGAUGGAGUCAAGGACGUUGCUUUUGAAGUCGACGAUGCCGAAGCCAUCUACGAGUCGGCCAUUCGUCGAGGAGCCAUAGGAGUUCGUGCUCCCGUGCGCGAAUCAUGUCCCGAGGAUGGUGAAGUCAUCACCGCAUGCAUCAAGACUUAUGGUGACACCACUCACACUUUCGUACAAAGAACAACAUACACUGGAGCAUUCCUACCGGGCUACCGGACUCCUCAACGUAAAGGGGAAAUACAGAAGGUGGACCCAAUCAAUCUCCUCUUGCCGCCUGUGCAGCUCUCCGCGAUCGAUCAUUGUGUUGGUAAUCAAGAUUGGGACCAACUAGAAGCGACAUGCGCCUAUUACGAGCAAUGUCUCGGCUUCACUCGCUUCUGGAGCGUCGAUGACAAAGAUAUCUGCACCGACUUUUCUGCUCUAAAGUCCGUCGUGAUGAGCUCCACCGACGGGAAUCGCGUCGUCAAGAUGCCCAUCAACGAACCCGCCCUCGGCAAACGCAAAAGCCAGAUCGAAGAAUUCGUCGACUACUACAACGGGCCCGGCGUGCAACACAUUGCGCUACGGACGGACGAUAUCCUCGCAGCGGUGACGGCACUGCGCGCCCGUGGUGUCGACUUUAUCAACGUUCCAGACACGUAUUACAUCGCCCUGCGCCAACGUCUCAAAGAUGCCGGCAUGCAUCUGGAAGAGUCCCUGGAGACGAUCCAGCGUCUGAACAUCCUUGUCGACUUUGACGCGGGCGGAUAUCUGCUGCAAUUAUUCACCAGACCGUUGAUGGACCGGCCGACUGUCUUCUUAGAGAUCAUUCAAAGAAAUAAUUUCGAAGGAUUUGGAGCGGGCAAUUUCAAGAGUCUGUUUGAGGCGAUCGAGCGAGAGCAGGAGAUGCGCGGGAACUUAUGA